UGGUGAGAAGAAGAGUAGGAAAAAGAAUACCUUGGGGGGAGAAGACUUGUUUGAUAAUAUCUGAGGUAAAGUUUACGAUAAGGACUAGACGCAGUGUCGCAGAUCUGCAGAGCGACCUAAAACCCUCGCUAAAAUCUCAAGGAGGCUCAAGGACCCAGUUGACUAUUAAUGACAGAGCAUCUGGAAUGAUCUAUGAAUGCGCAAGGUCCUUUCGGUAGUGGAGAUAAGGGAAAAUGCAGAAAGGGGUGGCGACAGAAAAGGUGCGAAUGCGGUGGGGAGUCGGCCAAAAAAGGGUCGCAGAAUUGCAAGUUCACAGUUGAUACGGCCAAACCGUGGUUCAGGCUAGAAGCGAUGGCGGCAGUGGCUGGCCGCUGGUCUGGUGUUGGAGGGCAGCUUAAAAUAUCAUCAGCAACCACCGGGAACUGGACAAAACAGAAAUCAAAUCAAGGAUAUCUCAUGGUCACUGGAUGCACGGUUAGAGAGGGUCCGCUUUUUGCUCAUAGUGCGUUGCAGCUUGCAGCCAAGCAACGCGAUGGGACUCAGCAUGAAUAUCGCAAUCGGGCACAGCAGCUGUAUCUGGGAAUCCGGAAGCAAAGGACGCGGUGGAUACCAUUUUAUAUGGGCCCGCUGGUACGCGAUGGAUACGCGUCCAAUAGUCGGGGCGAGCCGAGAGGUGUGAGAAAAUGGCGAGCGACGAUCAAAUGGUUCGAAUUACGAUAACACAGUGGUAAGGUGAAUUCGUAUGCAUGGUGUUUGAUAGCGUACUUGUCCAUCGUCUGCGGUCACAGCAAAUUGUGCCAGCGAUCUUCUGCCCUCACUCCAAUGUAAUGCAGGUGAGGAUUGGUCGGCAAUCGCAUCAUUGAUUGAUAAGAGACAAAAGACUACUCGUUGAUUGAUUCGCGCAUAGGAUC